GCUUAGUCUGAUUACUUUAUAAUACUGUAAAAUCUUGAAAUGACACAGUGGUAUUUAUAGGAGGUUAUAAAUUUCUAUAUGAAAAAUAACGAAUAUUAACCCAUAAUAACUCUUAUCAUGUUCUAUUCCGCAGUACUCCGUGCCCAGUUAAACACAGUGCGAUGUAAACACAGUGGCGGAGGAGGAACACGGGGCUUAAAAGUUUUUAAUAAAUCAAUGAAGUCAAUGGCAGCAUCAAAUACCGAACCUGUACCGCGAGAAAGAAGCGGACACACGGCUGUGGUUUCAGAAAAUACUUUAUUUGUGUGGGGAGGUUAUGUGUCAGUUGCUGGUCAUGAAGUCUUCCUCCCAAACAAUGAGAUCUGGUUGUAUGACCUGGACACAGGAUUAUGGAAAAUGUGUUACAUGGGUGGGGAAGUUCCUCCAUCCAUGUCAGGUACCUGCGGUUGCAAUCUAAAUGGAAACAUGUAUGUAUUUGGUGGUUGCAGUGAUGAUGGUCAAAUCAAUGAGCACUAUUCUGUCCAUCUCCAUGAUGGAAAAUAUGCAUGGAAGAAGUUAAGUCAUUUCUCAGGGUUAAGGCCCUCACCCCGUGACAAGCUUUCCUGUUGGGUUUACCAAGGAAGGAUUAUUUAUUUUGGUGGAUAUGGUCAUAAGUUUCUUAGUGAAAUCACCAACCCUGACACUUUCAUUGUGGAUGAAGCUUCUUGGGUGGGAGACAUCUUUUGGGGUUGGAACAGCGAAGUUCAUGUGUUUGACCCAGGAUCAAAAGGUUGGACAGAACCUCAAACAUUUGGGCAUGCACCUGCACCGAGAGCUGCCCAUGCCACAGCCACUGUAGGUAAUAAAGGGUAUGUCUGUGGAGGACGAAUAAGGGAGACAAGAAAAUCAGACCUUUACUGCCUGGAUUUAAACACAUGGAUGUGGUCAGAAAUCGUUCCAACCAGCACACUUCCUUUGGGCCGUUCAUGGCAUACGAUAAAUGCAGUUUCGGACACGGCACUCUUUCUCUUUGGUGGACUUAGUGUUGAUUGCCGACCAAUGAGUGAUGGCUGGAUGUUUGAUCUGAAGACAAAUGAAUGGAGAGAAAUUGCGCAUUCGAGCAUGGACAAACCACGGCUGUGGCACACUGCUUGCCUUGGAAGGGACUCAGAUAUUAUUGUGUUUGGGGGAAGCCAUGAUUAUAUCCUUUUAGUGGACUCUGGUCAUUGCAAUGAUGCUCUUGUGAUCCAAACCCAGCCGUACUCUCUAAUACGGUUAUGCGAGGACUUCAUUGCAAGCGCUGCUAAAAUGUUUCAGUCCCAGCUUGGAAAUUUACCCCCAAAACUAAGAUGCAGUCUUCAGAAAAGGAUAACGUUUUUCAAGUCAAUAAGAAAGUCACAAAGAGUUAUUAAAACACUGGAGUAAUCUUUUUUUGGAAACACAAUAUAAUGUGGAAAGUACUGUAUGUCUAUGUCACCAGUGAUUCAGUGCUUAUUCAUAAAUAAAAAUAAUGUGACGUAAUUAUUAUCUACUUGUCAUCAGUAAAAUAAAUAUGAUUAAACUGAUAAAAUUUGCUGUUUUAUGACCUAAGAAGUUACUUUUUGACACCAUUUUAGUUUUAAUCUGACUGCUGAGUUCAUGGUAUAAGAUGCAAUUAUGCAGAGUGAAUAUAUGAGUUUAUUAAAUCAUGUGUGCUGGUAAACUGCGUGACCUCCAUUCGUCCGUGCGUUUCUGCGCAUGCGCACUUAAUUUUUUCACGCCAAUAAUAAAUUAAUACUUCUGUAUAUUUAAAUACUGGAGGAAUUAUAUGAUCUUUCGAUAGUCUGUUACGUCAAUUAUAUCAAAUAUUAUUUACAUUUUUAUGCUGUAAAGAUUGUUUGACACGUAAUGUGGAGGUGAAAAACGUAUUGAAAAACAUUAAACAAGUGUA